GGCGGGGGGCGCGGGCGGCGGGCGCAGCAUGGCGCGGCGGCACUGAGGGAGCGGCGGCCUCCCCGGCCCGGCCUUUGUCUCUCCGGUGUCCCCGGAGCGGAGGAGCCCGCGCGGGGGCCCGGGGGCUGAGCCCGCACCGGCCCGCUCCCCUCCCGCGAGGCGCGGGGGGGCACCACCGGGGCUCGGUUACCGGGCGGCGGCGCGGGGCUCGGAGGAACUUGGCCGAAGUUCGGCGGCGGCGGCGGCGGCGGCGGGGAAGGUUCCCGGUGCCGUCCCUGGGCGCCGCGGGAACCGACCGGUCCCCGCCGCCCGGGCGCGGGAUGCGGCUGCCCCGGCGCCGCCGCACCGCGGCCGGCCCCAACUUUCCCCGCUGACGGCGCCCGGGGCCGCGGGCGAUGGUGAGGGCUGGCCGCCCGCCCGCCGCCGCCCGCCGCCGGCCCCCGGGCCCCGCCGCCGCCGCCGCCGCCGCCGCCGCCGCCCCGUGAAGCGGCCGGAGCCGCGCCCGCCGCCGCCCGGGACGAUGGUGCGCUGGGGGGCGGCCGCGCUGCUCGCCGCGCUCGUCGGGGUCUGCGUGUGGACCGACGAGACCGGGAAAGUUAUCUCGGACCGGUACGCUGUCUACUGGAACCGGAGCAACCCCAGGUUCCACCGCGGGGACUACACAGUGGAGGUGAGCAUCAACGACUACCUGGACAUCUACUGCCCGCACUACGAGGAGCCGCUGCCCGAGCGGAUGGAGCGCUACAUCCUCUACAUGGUCAACUACGAGGGGCACGCGUCCUGCGACCACCGGCAGAGGGGCUUCAAGCGCUGGGAGUGCAACCGGCCCGACUCCCCCAACGGGCCCCUCAAGUUUUCGGAGAAGUUCCAGCUCUUCACCCCCUUCUCGCUGGGCUUCGAGUUCAGACCCGGCCACGAGUACUACUACAUCUCCGCGUCCCCCCCGAACAUGGUGGACAUGCCCUGCCUGAAGCUGAAGGUCUACGUUCGGCCAACGAACGAUUCCCUCUACGAGUCCCCGGAGCCCAUUUUCACCAGCAACAACUCCUGCUGCAGCCUCAGGGUCCCGCACGCCGUGCUCGUGGUGGUGCCGGUCGUCUGGACGCUCCUGGCCUCGUAGCACCCGCGCCGACGUGCCGGGGAGCGGCUCCGUGGGGAAGGAGCAGCUCGGGGACGGAUCGUGGCCACCCCGCAUCGCCUUCGAGCCGUGGCUCCUGCGGCCGCGGGACGGUGCCCGGGGAGGUCGCCGGGGCGGCGGGUUGGUGCUGCCGGCGAGAAGCUCGCCGGGAUCCCGCCGCCGAGUGAAGUCCCCGUCCUCGCACGGCCGCCCGUGCCGGGGGCAUCGUGCCAGGGGCGGUGAAGGGCUGCCCCGUGGGACAGAUCCUGGCGGCGCACGCCGAAAGCGCCCGUCCCUGCGCUGCGGCUCACUCGGCGCCGGCCCCCCCCCCCCCCCGCCAUCGGAUGUCGCUUUUUACAUUUCUAGACCAAAUAUAGAGUCCUCGUUUGGUUUGGGUUUUUUUUUUUUUUGGUUGGUUGGUUUGUGUUGGGUUUUGGGGGUUUUGUUUGGUUUUUUUUUAAGAAAAAAGAUUUUUAUUUUUAUUUGUCAGGUUGUUUCAGUCCGGGCUUCCCUGUGUCAGACUGACCCACACGGGGCCGGGCUCCGAAGCCCCUCGCCGGGGUGGCUGCAGCACCCUGCCUUUGCCCGGCCACGGGCAGCACCGGGACACCGGGACAGACGGACGCACGCCAGGGAUGGCACUGACGGCUCCGUUGUCCCAGACUCCUUCCCAGCCCGGCUCUCGCUGCGGCAGCAGGACGUCGCGGUGCCGGCCCCGCCGCGCUCCCCCUGCCGCCCGCUGCCAUGGAGGCGUGGGGAUGGGGGGCCCGGACAGACACGAGCCCCCGCGGAGCAGCCGGUGGGGUGUCCCUGUCCCCACCACCCGUGCCAUGGAUGCCUCGCUGUCCCCGGGGACCCCGGGGCAGCUCCGCAGGCAGCAAAGCAAACUGGACGCAUGCAAGGGGAGCACCGGGGAUGCCCAGCCAGUACCAGGAGCACCAGGGACACCCAGCCGGUACCAGGAGCACCGGCGAUGCCCGGCCAGUACCAGGAGCACCCAGGUUGCCUAGCUGGUACCAGGAGCACCGGGGAUGCCCAGCUGGUACCAGGAGCACCGGGGAUGCCCGGCCGGCACGUGGAGCACCGGGGAUGCCCGGCCGGCACCAGGAGCACCGGGGAUGCCCGGCCGGCACCAGAAGCACCGCCGGGCGCUGGGAGCCGGCGGGCCGGGCUCGCCCAGCAGCUGGGAUCGCUCCGACGGCGUUUGGCUGGAGUCCCCGUCCGUGGCAGGGCUGACCUCGCCGGCGCGGGACGAGCGUGCCGACCCCGGCGCUGCCCGUGGGGCGGGUUUUCCUUCUCGGCAGCUUUCUGCUCUGCACGGCACCCCCCUUGAUGCCGCGGGGGUGAGAGGGACCCCCCCGCCCCAGGGGGGGCCGGCGGCCGCGAGCGGGACCAUCGCGGCGCUCCCCGUAGUCGCCCCUUCAUCCCGCGGCUGCUGCCGGCGUCCCCGGGGCUGGGCUUGGGGAUUUUUUCCUUUUCCUUCUUUGCAUUAAUAAGUAAAACCCACCCAAAACCACCCCCCCCCGCAAUCCGAGGUUGGCCCCGACCCCAGGGGUGGCAGGUCCCCAAGGAGGGGUUCCCCCACAGCCCUGGGGCCUGACCCCUCCUCGCCUUAAAUCUGGGGCUGUCCCACCCAGGGGGGGGCCUGUGCCACCCCGCAGAGCCCCCCCCCAGGCCCCGGGGGGGUCGGUGGUCCCGGGGGAUGACGGCGAUGGGCUCGGACCCAGCCAAAGCCCCUCCUGCGGGCGCCUUUUCCGAGCGCACCCCAGACCCCUCCCGUGGCGGGGGGCCGGCGGGGGCUCCGUCCCUGUACAUACAGCGCUAUACUGUGAGCGGUUUUUUUUAUGUAUUGUUGAGAAUGAAUUUUAUGGAAGGUUUUAUUUUAUUUUUAUUUUAUUUUUAUUUUUUAGACUAGGAAGCUGAAAUCUCGCAAUAAGCUCAUCUCGACCAUCCAAAAAAUAUUAAAAAAAAAAAACAAAAAAACACAAUAAAAAAAAAAAAAACAAACCACGAAACCACCCAAUAAAAAAAUCGCAUUCCCUGCCGUCCCGUCCCCGUGUGUCCAGACCAGGUCGUGGUUCUUGAAGGCGAGCGAAAGCACCGUGUUUGUCCAGGGGAUGAGGGAGGGCUCCCACCCAGCCGGGUGCUGAGCACCCGCCGGGCUCCGGCGAGGAGCUGGCAGCACCCGCCCGCCGUCGCGGUGCCGGCUCGUGGGGGAGCGGCGACGGCGAAACCCGGCCUUCGGUCUGUGUUUUAUAUAUAUAUAGAUUAUAUAUAUAAAUAUCUAUAUUGUGUACAGCGACUGUGGGAGGGCGGCGGAGCGAGCGCGGCAGCAGGGCUGGCAGGGGCCAGGCGAGGGGUGGGGGUGGGGGGGGGCUGGGGGUGCUUCGCUGUGGCCGGGCUGUCCCUCGGGAGCAGCCCACCGUGGGCGCUGGUUCUGCGUGCUGGUCUCCGUUCCGCCUAGCUUCGUCCUUCGACACGCCGCUUUCGUCCUCGACGUCGUGCUGAUGGUAACCGGAUCGCCCGCCCCAUUUGGAUUCUGUAUUUUUUUAUAAUAAAAUAAAAAUUAAUGUCGUGUGAG